AUGUAUAAGCAAAGAGUCCGCUUAAGUAACAUUUACCCUUUUUGCUGUUCAGCCGCAGACACCAGACGAGCUCGGGGAGUUUUCAAAACUUCUAUAGAAGAAAAUUUCCUAAGUACGAAGAUACCUACGGAAAUUGAUCCCUUGAAAAAUACGCACAGUGAAUAUUGGGAGCAUGAUGGUGAUGAAUGCUCAAAUAUCGAAGUGAUGACCAGAACGCAAACAUCAAUACGGGAUUAUUUGGAAUUCAAAGCAGCCCGUUCAAUGCAACGAUUCGUGCGCGGUUGGUUACUACGUAAUCGCUUAGCCAAACGAAUUUGCGCUGCUAUUAUCAUUCAGGCCGAAUGGCGGCGGUUCUACUACCAGCGCUUGUAUGUUCGCAAACUGGAGAACAUUUUACAGCAACGCGUUGAGGAAUAUUAUUUUUGCGCAGCCCAGAAGAUUCAAGCAAUAUUUCGUGGGUGGUGGUCGCGUGAGCAUAUACAUGAUCACUUUCGUUUAAAACGUCUACAAAUUAGGGCCGGAGAGGAUUUGUUGCAUUGUGUGGCUUUCAAGUUGCAUCAUUUAAUUCGCACCUACGUCAUACCUGGUGUUUAUUCGUUAAAGAAUACAAGGACUCUCUCCAAAGUUGAAGAACUGUUGGCCAGCAUGACAUUUAAACAAUGCAGUGAUCGUGCCUUCGAAGUGAAUAGCCAGCUUGCUAUGAACGCACAAUAUGCCAAACUUCGAUUUAACGAUUCCGCUGCGACCACUCAAAUACCUUUCGCUGGACCCAGUAUUUACAAUCUAUGCGAACCGAAGUGUGUCGCAUUGUAUUCCGAACGAGAUGCGGAUCGUAAAAUGGCAAAAAUUUUGCACAUGUAUGAAGAGGCCUGUCGUGAAGAUCCUAAGAUUUUUAAAUCGCGUGUCAAAAGCUCGAAAGCUGCCGGUUGUCGGCGUAUGUACUUGCCGCCACCUACUACUUUCUGCGGUGACUUGAUACGUAGCAUGAAAAAAUGGAAAAUAAUCAAGGAGAAGCAUCCCGCCGUGGACAAGAGUAUUUUCGAGACGCCGCAAAAUGUCGUGAAUUUCCUUAAAGAAGUUCGGUCGGAAUGGAAUAUUUUACACGGCAAUUGCCAUUGCAGCGAUGCUUUCGUCAAAGAACUCAAAGAAGGCAACAAAUUGGCCGGCAGUUAUCCUACGGACACGAGUGCGAUUGAACAUUCCACGGAAGAAUUUGACGAAUGCCCAAAAGUUAAACGAUCACCUUGGAAGGAAAUACAGGAUUAUCUGAACUUCAAAGCAGCCCGUACCAUACAACGUUUUGCGCGCGGUUGGAUGACACGUAAUCACUUAAAUAAACAGAUACGCGCUUCCAUUAUCAUUCAAACCGAAUGGCGGCGUUUCUACUCUAAGCGCUUGUAUUUUAGAAAUUUAGAAAGUGUAGUGCAGCAACGUACUGAAGAUCAUUAUUUUCGUGCCGCUCAAAAAAUUCAGGCCUUAUUUCGCGGAUGGUGGUCCCGUGAGUAUGUACACGAUCAUAUGAAUUUGAUUCGUUUAGAAAAUACAGCCGGAAUGGAAUUGUUGCAUUGCGUAGCCUUCAAAUUACACCAUUUAAUACGUACGCACGUCAUACCUGGCAUUUACUCGUUGAAGAAUACAACAACACUAUCAAAAGUCGAAGAACUGCUAAGUAGCAUAUCAUUUAAAGAUUGCACUGAUCGCGCUCGUGAAAGCUAUCGCCACAAUGCUCUUCGCGCUCGUCAAUCCGUAGCUCGCCAUAAGCAAUCUGCAUUCUCCACUCUGUUACCGUUUUAUGGUCCCAAUAUGUACAAUUUAUGUUUGCCGGAGUGUACACACUUUUACAAUGAACGAGAUGCGGAUCGUAAAAUGGCCAAAAUUUUACGUAUGUACGACACUGCCAGUCGUUUAGAUCCUAAAAUGGCCAAGUUGCGUGGCAAAA